AUGGCAGCUCCACAAACAUCAGGCUAUCUCCAAUCCUCCGACCCCACCAAGCCACGCUCCGACGCAGCGGUCCCAUUUCGCGACAUCGUGCCUUCUCCCGACCAUCCUCGAAUCGCAGGUAUCGCAGAUCACGAUGCGUUGAGUUGGUGCGAAUCGCGACGACAGAUUGAAGCGCCGGCGUGGUUGAUAAACAGACUGGAUGCGACGAAUCUGGAGAAACCUUAUGUGGGGUUCACGAGCGAUGGGAAGGUGAGGGAGGGACUGUAUCGUUAUGCGGAUGAUGAGGGUGCGCCUACGGAACGGGUUGCGAAUAAGGCGGAAGUGUUUUUGCAGUUGUUGGAUGAGGAGCAGAAGAAGGCGGUUCAAUUUGGGGAUGUUCGGGAUGAUGAGUUUAGAUUGUGGUCGAAUCCGGAGUUAUACAUGAAUCCAGGUGGACUCCGGCUCGAUACAUGUAGACCAGAAAUACAGUCCGCGAUUCAUGAAAUCCUCAAAGCUUCCUUUUCUCCACAAGGGUACGAGAAAGUUCUUGGGUGCUGUCUUACGAACGAUUUCCUAGGACAUCUAGUCAAUGGCAAGAAGGUUUUAAACGAACACUCGUACAACUUCCGUCUUUUCGGCGAACCAUCUCUUUCAUCACCAUGGGGAUACACAUUUUUUGGACAUCAUUUGUGUCUAGCAGUAGUAUUUGAUGGGAAAAGAAUGGUAAUUGGGCCAACUUUCAUGGGUGCCGAACCGGAUAGAAUCGAUGAGGGACCGCAUGCUGGAUUGAGGUUAUUCAGGACUGAGGAAUUGGAAAGUCUGAAGUUGAUGCAAAACUUGCCUUCAGAAUUGCAGGAAAAGGCUACAUUGAGUAAGGGAAUGGAUGGGAAGAGUUUAGCGGCGGAUAGAUGGAACCCGUUUGAUGAGCGACAUUUAGGAGGUGCGAGACAAGACAACAGGGUCGUACCAUAUGAGGGGUGUCCAGUCAAGAAGUUCCCAAAAGAAAGUCAAGAUCAAAUAAUCAAACUCUUCCUGGCCUUCAACGAGUACUAUCCUGAGUCUGUACUUCAACAUCGGUUAGCACUGUUCAAGAAACAUCUCGAUGAGACCUUUUUCUCGUGGAUCGGAGAGUUCGGGGACGAAGAUCCAUAUUAUUAUCGGAUACACAGUCCAGUGGCUUUCAUGGAGCUGGAUUUCCACUGUGGUAUAUUCUUAACAAACACAACACCGGCAAGAUGUCAUAUUCAUACUGUCAACAGAUUACCAAAUAGAGCAGACUACGGCAGGGCUUUGAUCGAGCAAGCUUAA